AUGGCUCCCCCCGAUCAGAAUGGGCCUGAUGGCUCGUCACUUAAACCCGUUUCGUCUCUGAGGGCGCAGUUCGAGAACAUGAACAAGGGCGAAUCUGCGCCUGGUCCCUCCCCGCCCCGAACAAUCUCUCCGGCCCCGAAGCCAGAAUUCCUUCGAGAUGCAAAGUCCUCUACCGAAAGUCUCCCAAUACCCCCGAGACCUCGAGAGCGUGGGAGCAUCUCGACUCCAUCAUUGCCUCCCCCGCUACACGAGCCCACCCCACGAUCGCCAGGCCGCUCCCUGGGGGUACCUCCUACCUUGAAACCGGAACCCGUGAAGGCUCCUUCGGUCAUGGUAGAACCUCCUCAGUCUCCGCCAAAGAAUCCUAUUACCAGAUUCGCACACGCCGAGGCGCCUGCUUUCUUGACCGCCGACUCUGGCGCAUCGACUCCGUCAACUCCUACCACUUCGCGCCAGUUCAAGAUUCCAAGUCGGCCUCACACCCCGUCUCUCGAACCGAACCGACGCUCUCCUAGACUUUCGGCCUCCCAACCGCCCUCUCCUCCGCCACCGAGAAGGUCAGGGGAAAUACGAAGAGAAACCAAGCCUGGUCUCCCUCCGCCGAUAAACCGCGCCGAGAAGCCCUCUAUGCAAUCCCAAGCAAGACCAUCAUUUUUCACCGAUCAUGUUAUCACUCCUGACGCUAGGGGUAAAAUCAAGCCCGAAACCUCACCAUUCAGUAGCCCCCCAAGCAGUCCCGAACCAGCGCCUCCAGUGCUUCCGUCAAGACCUAAAGCCCCUGCUAUGCAGUCGGAGCCCCCGCCGCAACCGCAACGGGGGAGAACAUUAGAUGUGGGUUUUGCGCCUCCGCCAGUUCACCAUUCAAUUAUGACGAAGAGAAACCAACGGGAACACGAGCCAAACGGUUUUGUUAAGGGUCAGAUCACACCCCAAAUCACUGGUGAGACUCGGCCUUCCGUGCCUGCACUUCCCGCGAGACCUCUGUCAAUCGCUACUGAGCCGCCGCCGCGACCCCUUUCAAUGACCAUGAAGCCACCUCCACGGCCUCCCAGGCCAGGCAUCACAACACCCUCGGUCUCUGAGGCCCAAACUCCGCCCAAACGUAUUGUCUCGACCCCCACAACCCAUCUUCCGCCUCCCGCACGGCUGCCUGGGCGUGCCAAUACGGUGACUGACAGAACAUCAGAGAGGACGGCACCUCGCCCACCACCCCCACAACCUCCUCCCGCUCAUCCUGUACAACCUCUGCAACCCGUACAACCGCCGCAGCCGGCUGAGUCGACUGCGUUGAUUCCGUCGGCUAAUAAUUCAAAGGUGGAGAUAAAUGGUUCUGGCCAGAUCUUCCCGGAUCCUUCCAAUGUCAAUCGAAGACCCCCUUUCAUCAAACAAGGUAUGCACGAGAUACAGACCAAAUACGACCCUCGCACAUUUGAUGUAUGCGGCGACCUAGUCUGCACUACUGGCCAUUUGACUCGAGUAUGGAGCUUGCGGGACGGCGAACUUCUGAUGAGCUUCUCCCAUGGUGAAGGUAUUAAGGCCACAGCAGUAGCUUUCAAGCCUGGCACGAACGUGGACGAAGAAGGCCAGCGGUUGUGGAUUGGCAACAACUUUGGCGAGCUCAUGGAGGCUGAUAUAGCAACGCAAAGUGUGGUUGCGAACAAGCCGAAUGCCCAUGGCCGUCAUGAAGUUAUCAAAAUCUACCGCCACUACAAUGAGUUAUGGACAUUAGAUGAAACUGGUGGUCUGCUCGUUUGGGGCCCGGACGAGACCAGUACCCCAAGCUUGACAAACAACUCCCACCAAGCAUUCCGAUUGCCCAAGGGCCACACAUUUUCCAUGAUUGUUGGGGAUGAGCUUUGGCAUGCGACUGGGAAGGAAAUUCGCAUAUUCGCACCAACAUCAGACGGGCAAACACAGUUCCAAGUGUUGGUGAGACCUUUGGUCCAGGACACAGCUGGAGAAGUCACAUCUGGCGCCUUAGUGCGGUCGCAACCAGGCAAAGCCUUCUUUGGCCAUGCUGAUGGCAAGGUGUCAUUUUAUAACACUCAGGAUUUUUCCUGUCUUGGCGUCAUCAGCCUAAGUUCUUGGAAGAUCAAUUCCCUCGCAGGUGUUGGUGAUCACUUGUGGGCAGGUUUCAACACGGGUAAAGUUUGCGUCUACGACAUUGAAACAACACCAUGGGCCGUCAAGAAGGACUGGCAAGCUCACGACAAGAACCCGGUUGUGAAACUCAUUUCGGACUCCUCCAGCAGCUACCGGAUGGAUCGCCAUCAGGUUAUCUCUCUUGGUGCGGAUAACAUGCUUCGAGUGUGGGAUGGCCUCCUUCAAGAUGACUGGCAUGAAACAGAGAUGAAGGGGAUGGACAACCAGUACUGCGAAUUUCAAGAUCUCAAAGUUUUGGUGAUGACCUGGAAUGCUGGCGCAUCUACACCGCAUAGUCUCCGGUACGCGGAAGAAGAUGCAGAGUUCAUCAAGAGUUUACUACAAGCAAAUAGCUCCCCAGACAUUCUAGUUUUCGGUUUCCAAGAGCUUGUUGACUUGGAAGACAAGACCGCUACAGCCAAACGUUUCCUCAAAGUCAAGAAGAAAGAAGGCUCGGAUCAGGAACGAAUGAGUCACCAAUAUCGGGAUUGGAGAGACUUCCUUCUUAAGAGUCUCGACGAUUACAUGCCACCUGACUGCCUGUAUCACUUGCUGCACACCGCGACGCUUGUAGGACUGUUCACCUGCAUAUUCGUCAAGUCGACGCUUAGGGAUCGAAUUCGGAAUUUGAGCGCCUCGGAAGUCAAGCGUGGUAUGGGUGGCCUUCACGGCAACAAGGGCGCCAUCGUCGUCCGGUUCAUGGUUGACGACUCCUCUCUUUGCUUCAUCAACUGUCAUUUGGCGGCAGGCCAAUCUCAAGCCAACAGCCGCCACGCCGAUGUUGCCGCUAUUCUUGAAGCCCAAAUACUCCCCCCCGAGCGGGAUCCUAGCAUUCGCCUCGAUAGCUACAUCGGCGGCGGAGAUGGUACCAUGAUUUUAGAUCACGAAUUGUGCUUGCUCAAUGGUGACCUGAACUACCGCAUCGAUACCAUGUCUCGCGAUACCGUUGUUAUUGCUGUCAAACAGAACAACCUCGCCAAGCUGCUGGAGCGAGACCAACUUCUUGUUGCCAAGCGAAGAAAUCCAGCGUUUAAGCUCCGGGCAUUUGAGGAGAUGCCGAUCACUUUUGCACCAACCUACAAGUACGACGUCGGAACAGACAAUUAUGACACGAGUGAGAAAAAGCGUUCGCCAGCUUGGUGUGAUCGACUGCUGUACCGCGGAGGAGGCAGGAUAAAGCAGAUCGACUACAAACGUCACGAGGUCCGCGUAUCCGACCAUAGACCCGUUACAGGAAGAUUCAAGUUUACGGUUAAGAAAGUUCAACCAAAAGCGCGGGCUAUGGCUUGGAUGGAUUGCCAGCAACGUUUCGAGGAUCUUAGAUUGCGUGAACUUAACAAUGACAAAAUGUCUUACCUAACAAAUGUCAUUGGUUAUGACGCAGCCACAGCAAAGAGCAUCCUCGAGGCCUAA